ACUUCUACCAAUAAACAAAGGCUAAGCGGAUGGUGAUAGACCUGCAACCACCUCCUUCGCUGGCUAUAGACUACUCAACUGACAGAAGGAGGGUAUGAAAGUAAAGCGCACGAAGAGCAUUCCCCUAAAGGCCGGGGCUAUUCCACCAAAAGCAAAUGAGAGAAAGAAUGGAAUGAAUGCUAGACUAGGGGUAGGGGAGUCACUUGCUUCGGAAGGAACAACACUCGCUAAAACCGAAAGGAGGAUAGAUUGAUUCCCUGCAGGCCCACUCGGGGACUUAGAAAAAGCCCCUAGAAACAAAGGCUAAGCGAAUGGGGAUAGACCUGGAACAAUAUAAACUCGAUCUCAUUCU